UGACAAGUGCAGCAGCGAGCCUGAGGACUGACUGACUGACUGACUGAGAGACAGUCACCCUGGUCGACCACCUGAUGCUGCCGGUAGUUGUCGUAGUUGUCAUUCCUCUUGCUCAGAAUAGGCGCGCGCUCGCUCGCUGAAGAGGGCAAACCCCAGAUAGGGACGCCGGUGAAACAGAGUGCGAACGAUUCGUUGGAUGCAGUGGUGCAGCAGCAGUGACGUUGGUGGUGGUGUGCCGAUUAUUUUUUAAAUUUUAAAUUUUCUUUGGUGUUCGGGCCUAAGUGAUGUGCAGGGUGGAUACCAGCAGCCGGAGGAGAAGAUGACGAUGCUACUAACGACGACGCUGACAACGACUACAUCGACGACGACGAUGACGACGAGUACAGCGAUGAGGUGGUGUUGGUGGUGCGCGAUUGUCGUCGCACUCGCCGUCGGUGCAGAGGGCUGCGGGCCAGGAAGGGGCGCGGGCCGCAGACGCGGGCCUCGCAAGUUGACGCCGCUCGUCUUCAAGCAGCACGUACCAAAUGUGUCGGAGAACACGCUGACGGCGAGCGGCCUCACCGAGGGUCGCAUCGGUCGCGACGACAAACGAUUCCGUGACCUGGUGCCCAACUACAACGAGGACAUCAUCUUCAAGGACGAGGAGGGUACCGGCGCCGACAGACUAAUGACUCAGAGGUGCAAAGAGAAGCUGAACACCCUCGCCAUAUCUGUGAUGAACCAGUGGCCGGGAGUCAGGCUGCGGGUGACCGAAGGAUGGGAUGAAGAGGGCCACCACGCCACAGACUCGUUGCAUUACGAGGGUCGUGCCGUGGACAUCACCACCUCGGACAGGGACAGAUCCAAGUACGGGAUGUUGGCCAGGUUAGCGGUGGAGGCCGGUUUCGAUUGGGUCUAUUACGAGAGCAGGGCGCACAUACAUUGCUCCGUCAAAUCAGAAUCCUCGCAAGCUGCCAAAUACGGUGGAUGUUUCACCGGGGAGAGCAGCGUGACGUUGGAGUCCGGGGAGACGAAGAGGAUGUCCGAGCUGAUGAUCGGAGAGAGGGUGAUGGCCGUUGAGAGGAGCACCGGGAGAACGGUGUUCAGCGAGGUGAUGCUGUUCUUGGAUAGGAGUCCGCAGGAGAGGCGGCAAUUCCUCCAGUUCGAGUUGGCUUCCGGAAAGCGGUUGACGGUGACUCCCGCUCACCUGGUGCUGACGGUGCGCUCUAACGUUACGGUCACGGUGUACGCGGACACUCUACAGAUCGGCUCCGAGCUGCUGGUCAGCGAGGACCACGACGGCAGUGACUUGUUGGUGAAGGACGCGGUGGUCGGGGUACAGCAAGUGGGUGGAAUCGGUGUGUACGCGCCUCUGACGACCGCCGGGACGGUCGUCGUCGAUGGUGUCGCCGCCUCCUGCUAUGCUACGAUCGACGACGCCGGUCUCGCUCACUGGGUCUUCGCGCCCCUCCGAUUCGUUAACAAUUGGAAGAACGGUGCCUUGCACAUCUGGAAAACCAUCAGCAGACCGUUCCAACGGAGCUCGACGACCGCAACGACAAUUCCGACGACCGUCGGGGUGCAUUGGUACGCCAGGAUACUUUACUUCUUCGGCGACCACCUCAUCCCGUCCCAUAUGCACAAGUGAUACAAAUAGAGACACACACAUGAACAUAAACAAUUUCCCUUUUAAACUUAAAUCAAGUGGCCAGUGAUUUAAUAAUUAGCAAAUUAAUUAUUAUUACGUUUACACACAUUAUUUAUAUUAUUAAUAUUUGUUUCGAACACCCCCAAACCCCCUCCACAUUUUCGACAUUUAAUGUCCCCCCUCCCCCAACUAAACAAAAACGAAACAACUAAAAAUCUCCAUUAUUUAUUUUUGUUUUUUACCCCCCCUCCCUUUAAUUUUCAACCAUGACC